AUGCCUAAUCUCAAAGAACCUUUGAUGGAAGAUCUGGACAUCCUUCUUGACCUGGUUGCAAGUAUUUCAGAUUAUGACGAGCCUCAAGUCCGGGAAAUUCUUGAAGGCCUUGACUUACUUGAUUACAGGAAGCGGCCUAUUUCUGAAGCGACAGGUCUCAAGAUGUAUUUGUUUCAGCACCUGAGGCAAGCUCAUAAACUUCCAGAGGCUUCUGGAUGCUCACCAUGGCAGCAAUCGCCCGAGGAGUGGCAUGAUUUAGGCGUAAAUGGAGGCUCAACUACAAAAGAAGACUUCCUUGUAAUUAUGAACUCCAUAAGAACAGGCGAGUCGCUGAAAGGUCGGAAGCUUCUCGUGUGGGAUCCUGACCUAUUUGACGAUGCCCAUCGCGACUUUUACCGGUUACAGGUUAGCACAAGAGAAUCCAGAUGGGUACGAGUAGAAUCCGAACAGGGCUCUAUGUCAUUGAAUCGCGUCUUUUAUGAUCAAACUACAUCGACGUGUGCUAAGACAUCCAGUGGCCACUGUGCCCCGACGCCUCAUUUUGCCUCGACCACCUCAAUACACGCUGAGUUGGAAGAAAUCCCCACAAUUAGUGAUAAUGACAGCCGCAAAAUACAUGAAUCAGAUAGUGAGGGCUCCAGCGAAGUUAGUUCGAUAGCGGGCAGUGACACUGAGCUUCCCUAUGGCGCCGGCUAUGCGUGGCGCAGUGCUCGGCAAGCUCGACUCAAGACCAAGCCUAGUCGCUAUAGAUUAGGCCUCUAG